UACGCAAAUACCCUCUACUAUGCACUCAAUAUCUUAGUCCUAACAAGCUAAUUUUGUUCUAACUUAUACAAUAUCCAUAUAAAAAUCACAUGGAAAAUUUCCACCAUCUUAGAUGUUUAAAGCUACUACAAGCAUUGUUCAUAAUAUCAAGCUUUAGGUUUUCAGUAGGUGAAAUGAAGAAUACACAUAUUGUUGAUGAUUCUAGACAAAUAAUAUUGAUUGAAAGAUUUGGUUUUGCCCCUGAUGGGCAUGUAACCAUUUCUCUAGACCAUGUUUCAUGGAGAUCAAAUGAACCAGCUGCAAAACUUUAUCCUUCUUCUAUGGGAUUUUGUCUCGUUAGAGAUGUAUCGUUCCCACGACUCUUGAACGAGUCCAUGUACACAGAUAACUUGUGUGUUUUAUCCAGUAAGUAUGUAAAUCUUGUCUUUAGAUUUGACAAGCUUGGCCCUGAUUCAACCUACAAUACAUCAACCACAAUCGACGAGCCUGAUGAAUAUAACUUGAUUUUUGGUAAUUGCCAAAAAGAAUUUCUUGUCACAAUGAAUGUUCAUACUGAAAUGUACAAUAUGAAUAAUGGGGAAAAAGAUUUUCUUCCAGCUGGUCAAACUCCACUCCCUAAAUUCUAUUUCCUUUGCUUCAUUGUAUAUCUUGUAUUUUUAGCCAUAUGGGGAUUUAUCUGCAUUAAACAGAGGAAAAUUGUUCACAAGAUUCAUUUGAUAAUGGCUAUGUUGUUGGUUUUCAAGGCAUUGAAGUUGAUUUGUGCUUCAGAAGAUAAAAUGUACAUUAGAAAUACAGGGAAGCCUCAUGGUUGGGAUGUCGCAUUUUAUAUUUUUGGAUUUUUGAAAGGCGUAACACUCUUUACUGUUAUUGUCCUUAUUGGAACUGGUUGGUCUUUCUUGAAACCUUUCCUACAUGACCGCGAAAAAAAGGUUCUAAUGUUCGUGAUCCCCUUACAAGUAAUCGAAAAUAUUGCAUCGAUCGUGAUAAGUGAAAGUGGACCUGUUGAGAAACAUUGGUUAGUAUGGAAUGAGGUGUUCUUGUUAAUAGAUGUAAUGUGUUGUUGUAUUGUACUUGUUCCAAUUUUAUGGUCAAUUAAAAGCCUUAGAGAGGCAUCUAAGAAUGAUGGAAAAGCAGCUGAAAUUCUGAGGAAGUUGACACUUUUUAGGCACUUUUAUGUUGUCUUGAUUGUGUACUUGUAUUUUACUAGGUUUGGGAUUGCUAUGAUUCAAAGUGUAGUGAAUUACAUACAUGAAUGGGUUACAAUUGUUGCUGCAGAAGGUGCAAGCUUGAUGUUUUAUUUGUUUAUAUUCUACAAUUUUCAACCUAUUGAGAAAAAUCCAUAUUUGGCUAUUGACAAAGAUGACGACGGCGAGGAAGAAGAAGAAGAGGAGGAAGAUGAUGAUGCUUAAGAUUCUGAUACAAAUUAUUCCAUCCAGCAUUUUAUUGAAAACCAUAUGUGUAGAGUAUUGAAUAAAAAGUUGAUAAGAGUACAAAAAAAAAAAAAAAGUAUCGAUUGUCUUCUUAUUCUUUAAUGAAUCCUUUUUCCAUUUGGUUAAAUAUUCGGCUUGUUUUACA